AUGUCCUCAGUCGCUUCCAAAGUUUUCACUGUCGCCCAGUAUGAGCCGCGGGUCCAGAAAAUCGCUGAGCACGAUUCGGAGGACAUCAUCGGAUGGGUCACCAAAAAUAAUGCAGUCUGCAUGCCACGGGUCCUCCGAGUCAAGCACGAGUUCUACGAAGCCAUCAUUGCCGACUUUCCCAACUACCAGAGUCUCAUCAAUACAUCCCGCAACAACGGCGCCGUCAACGGCAUCGCGCUGGUGUCUAGCUCUUGCAAGGUCCGCACCGUCGGCGGACGCUUUCGUCCGAAGAUGUUAUACCGAGCAAUUCAUGGAGACCAGCCUGGCAAGGGCAUUAGGUCUAGACUGGGACGUGGGAGCGAUCCUAUUUUUCUCCAACUCCACCUCCAGAAACACCUGUGCUGGCGCUGCCGAGAACCAAGUCCCUUCCUCUCGGCGACCGACAAUUGGAAUAAAGCGAUGCGCAUGGCCUCCGGCUAUGCUGCUCGGAACCUCCCAGACGUCGAAAUUAUCGUCUUCCAGACAAGCGGACCAGCCUGGAAUCACGACGUCCAAAGACUGUGGUGUGUCAGGUCGUUGAUCCGUCACUUGGGCUUGGUAGAUAUCGACCGUCCCUACUUCGACCACGAGUACCUCGUAGAGGGGUCCAUCCCCGAGGAAAGCAUCGUUCUUCGGCGGAAGGCACCCGAGGCUGACACCGCUUACAUGAGGCAGGCUCGCCAUGAUCUUAAAGUCGCUCAGGAGCGGGCCGAGCAGGAGAAGAAGGCCCGAAAAGAGGAGAAGGAGGCCCGAGAAGAGGAGGAAAAGGUCGAACAGUCAGCUGCAAUGAAGCGCAAGGCGGACGGGCUGGAAGAGCCAGAGCCUGAGCCCAAGAAGCGGAAGACAGGAAAGCGGGUGAAGGUCGGCAUCAAGAUUGGCCUCAAUGUUGGCAAAACCUGA